GGCGGGCAGUGGGGCUGGGAACGCUGAGCGCCGCGAGCAGCUGGAGCUGGAGCCCUGCAGCGGGGCUGGGGCGGGCGGCCGCCCGCCUCCCCCCACCCGUCCCCCCCCGUGCACGGUGGGGGCCGUGCUGCUGCCGAGGGAGAGCCGCCAGCAGCCAUGAGAGCCGCCACGGCACGGCCGGUCCCCGCCAGCCCCCCACCGGGGCCGGUGGCGAGGACGGGAGCCAUGGCAUCGCCAACCAGCGGCUGAGCGCCCGCUCUGCUGCACCUCGCCACCCGCAGCUCGUGCCUGUCCCGCAGCUGCAUGGUGGAGGAGAGCUCGGGAAGAGGGGAGCGGGGGUCCCGGCGGGCUCUGCGGGGUCCCCCGCCGGCCCCCAGCCCCGUGGCAGUGGUGAGCAAGGCGCUGUGGAGCGUGGAGCGAGCCGGCAAGGGCUGGCGGUGCGAGCGCGCCGUCGGCGUGGACUGCAGCCUGCCCGAGCCCCGCUGCAUCUGGCUGAGCAGCCUGCGCCGCCACGCCGCCAGCCCCGAGCCCCGCUGGCCCCCGGGACCCCGGCCCCGUUGCGCGCCCCCUCGCACCGCCAAGGGCCGCAGGCCGACGCCGGGCCGCAGAGAUGGGGCGUCCCCGAAUGACAACGCGCCCCCGGAGGGACCCUUCCCCUGGGGGGGCCCGAAGACGGUGGUGCUGCGGAAGAGCACGCAGGGGGGGUUCGGCUUCACCCUCCGCCACUUCAUCGUCUACCCCCCCGAGUCGGCCGUGCACUCCCCGGCCAAGGAGGAGGAGAAUGGGAACCGAGCAGGUCCCCCCCGGAGCCGCCUGGAGCCCAUGGACACCAUUUUCGUGAAGAACGUGCGGGAGGACGGGCCGGCACACCAAGCCGGGCUGCGCACCGGGGACCGGCUGGUCAAGGUGAACGGGGAGAGCAUCAUUGGCAAAACCUACUCGCAGGUCAUCGCCCUGAUCCAGAACAGUGACGAUGUGCUGGAGCUCUCCAUCAUGCCCAAGGACGAGGACAUCCUCCAGCUGGCGUACUCGCAGGAUGCCUACCUGAAGGGCAACGAGCCGUACUCCGGCGGGGCGCAGAGCAUCCCCGAGCCCCCUCCCCUCUGCUACCCACGCAAGACCUACCCCUUCCAGGCACGGGGCACCGAGCCGCCCCCCGGCCAACCUCCGGACCCCCGCGCACACCGCCCCGCCGGCCCCUCGGCCCCACUCGGCAGCACCCGCAGCGAGGGGGGUGGCAGCCCCGCGCAUCGCCCCGAGGACCUGCAGCCUGGGGGCCCCCCGCAGCACCCCGCAGUGCCCCACGGGCGCCCCGGCUCCUUCUCCCGAAGCGCCUGCCCUGGCUCCAGCGCAUCCUCUCUGCCCGAGCGGUACGGGGUCCCGCCCGCCGCCCCCUCCUGCUAUGGGGGGGGUCCCAAGCACCUCGCGGAGCACCGGACUCACUGCGGCUUCAAGGAGAGCGGCGGGGGCCCGCGGGUGCCGGGCCGGCAGGAGUGCCAGCAGGCUCUGUCCCGCUGGUUCUGCAGCCAGGAGCCGCGGCGCAGCACCUCGGAGGAGCGCCGCUACGCCAUGCCCCCCCGCUACCGCAGCGUGUCCCAGGACCGCUUGGGGGGCUCGGCGACCCCCCGGGGCUGGCCCCACAGCGCCUCGCACGACACCCUGCUGCAGCCCACCCGCGAGGGCUGGCCGCACCGAGCCCGCUCCGACCACAGCCUGGGCCGCUGCGGGCGCUCCAUGGAGGCGCUGGAGCCCGGCGCCCUGCUCUCCCCUCGCCUCGACCGCUCCGCUUGGCCACCCGACAGGCUCUGCCGCGCCACGGCCACGGGGCCACCCGGCACGCACAGCUCCUUCGCGCCCCCUUCCUCCUCCUCCUCCUCCUCCGCCACCGCCGCUGCUGCCCCGCGGGAGCCGGCAGCCCCCGUGCAGAAGCACCCGUCGCAGCCCAACCUGCAGAGCGUGGACGAUUCGGGCUACAUCGGCUACCGCAGCUACAGCCCCUCCUUCCAGCGCCGCACCGGGCUGCUGCACGCCCGCUCCUUCCGCGACCCGGCCUUCGGUGGCCUCCCCACCUUCAGCAUCACGCAGCGGCCGGCCGCCACCGCAGCCCCGUUCCCGGAGAGGGUGACCCCCGUCGCCCCCCUGCCUGCCGGCCCCACUCAUCCCGGCCCCCCGCUGGCCCUCGAAGCCCCCCAGGAGCAGCGGAUGGAGAGCAGCCGGGUGCCCGAGCAGCACGAGGAGCGGAGGGAGGAGGUGGUCCUGCGUCAGAAGCCACCCACGGGCCGCAAGAUGCCGCCCCCCCUGCGGCAGAUGAACUUUGUGUUCCCCGAUGGGGUGAAGGAGACGGACAUUUGUGACCCGCCGGCAGCCGGCAGCAGAGGGGAGAGGCCGGCAGCCGAGCGCUCGGGCCGGCGCGUGGCCCCCUUGGCGGCCCCCGAGGACUCCUUGGCCUCCAUCCCCUUCAUCGACGAGCCCACGAGCCCCAGCAUCGACCUGAAGGCCAAGCACGUCCCUGCCUCCUCCGUCGUCUCCAGUGCCAUGAACUCUGCCCCCGCCGUUGCCACCAGCCCCUCCUCGCCCACCUUUGCCUUCGCCCUGAGCCGGCACUACUCGCAGGACUGCAGCAGCAUCAAGGCCGGCCGCCGCUCUUCCUACCUCCUGGCCAUCACCACCGAGCGCUCCAAGUCAUGCGACGAUGGUCUGAACACAUUUCGGGACGAGGGGAAGAUCCUCAGGAGGAUGCCCAGCCGGGUCCCCAGCCUCCGCAUGCUCAGGAGCUUCUUCACCGACGGGUCUCUGGACAGCCUCGGUACGUCCGAAGACACCCGCUCCAAAAGGCACUCCACCUCCGACCUCUCGGACGUGACGUUCAGCGACGUGAGGAAGGAGGGCUGGCUCCACUACAAGCAGAUCCUCACCAAAAAGGGGAAGAAAGUCGGUGGAGGCAUCCGGCAGUGGAAGCGCGUCUUCGCCGUGCUGCGCACCCACUCGCUGUACCUGUGCAAGGACAGGCGGGAGGCAGUGACCUGCGGCCCGGCCCCAGGUGAGGAGGAGCAGCCGAUCAGCAUCCGAGCGUGCCUGGUGGACAUUUCCUACAGCGAGACCAAGAGGAAGCACGUCUUCCGCCUGACGACCGCUGACUUCUGUGAAUAUCUCUUUCAGGCAGAGGAUCGGGAAGACAUGCUGGCCUGGAUCAAAGUCAUCAGGGAGAACAGCAAGGCCGAGGGCGAGGACCCCGGUUUUGCCAGCCAAGCGCUUAUCAACAAGAAGCUAAACGACUACCGGAAAGUGAGCCCGGCGGGUGCCAAGCCCGACUCCUCGCCCAAGGGCUCCCGUGGGCUGGGGAUCAGAGCCGAGUUCCUGAAGCAGACGGGAACCAGCGCACCCCGGUCCCCGAGGCAGGAUGCGGCCGUAAUGAAAGAUGAGAGCAGCUCCCAGAAAGCCCCUUGGGGCAUCAACCUCAUGAAGAAGAACAAAAAAUCUGCCCCCCGAGCCUUUGGCGUCAGGCUGGAGGACUGCCAGCCUGCCCCGGACAACAAGAACGUGCCCCUGAUCGUGGAAGCCUGCUGCAAGGUGGUGGAGGACCGCGGGCUGGAGUACAUGGGCAUCUACCGCGUGCCCGGGAACAACGCCGUGGUGUCCAGCCUGCAGGAGCAGCUCAACAAGGGAGCCACCGAGAUCAACCUGCAGGACGAGAGGUGGCAGGACCUGAACGUCAUCAGCAGCCUGUUGAAAUCCUUCUUCCGAAAGCUGCCCGAGCCGCUCUUCACCGACGACAAGUACAACGACUUCAUCGAGGCCAACCGCAUAGAGGACGCCAGCGAGAGGAUGAGGACGCUGAGGAAGCUGAUCCGGGACCUGCCAGGUCACUACUACGAGACGCUCAAGUUCCUGGUGGGCCACCUGAAGACCAUUGCGGACCACUCGGAGAAGAACAAGAUGGAGCCCCGAAACCUGGCCCUGGUGUUUGGCCCCACGCUGGUGCGGACGUCCGAGGACAACAUGACCGACAUGGUGACGCACAUGCCCGACCGCUACAAAAUCGUGGAGACCCUCAUCCAGCACUCAGACUGGUUCUUCAGCGACAAGGAGGACAAGGGCGAGAAGACCCCCGUGGACGAGAAGGAGGCGCAGUCGGUGCCCAACAUCGAGUACCUGCUGCCCAACAUCGGCAGGACCGCGGCGCCCGGCGAUGCCCCAGACUCGACCCACAGCGGCUCUGCCAAAGUGAAGGGCACGUGGCCGUCGCGCAAGGAGCCGUCGCCCCGAGAGCUCCUCGCCAUCCCCUUCAUCUCAGCCGUCAACCGCAAGAGGAAGAAGCGGCGAGAGGCCGAGGGCUUCGGCAGCAGCACCGAUGACGACGUGGAGCACAGGGACCCCAAGGGCCGGGAGCAGGAGGAUGAGGAGGCCGCGGCGGCCGCGCCGGGGCCCGGCAAAGCUCCCCACGGCCCUGGCACCGAGCCGGCAGCCCCCAGCCCGGAUCAGGAGAGCGCCUUGGAGCCCGGGGGCACCGGGGCCGAGCCGGCGCCGGACGCCCGCUCCAUCGUGUCGGGCUACUCCACCCUGUCCACCAUCGACCGCAGCCUGUGCUCCGAGGUGCAGUCGGUGGCCGAGAGCCGCGGGGAGGAGGCGGACGACGAGCGCAGCGAAUUCAGCCACGUGGAGACGGACACGGAGAGCCGGGAGGGCGCCCAGGCCAGGCUGGGGCAGGUGGAGGGGGGCGCAGGGGGCGAGGACAAGGUGCCCCCCGGGCGCCCCUCCUUCAACUCCCACCGCCUCAUCCAGUGCGACACGCUGGCCCGUAGGAAGCUGGGGAGGCCGCGGCCGGCCGGUGAGACCCCGGCGCCCACCGGGGAGGGCCAUGGUGGCUGGGCCCCCCCCGGGCGGCCCUCGCUGCGGGAGCAGCUCCGGCAGCGCCUGCGCUCCUCGGCCGACGACAUGGGGGUGCGCCUGCGCCGAGCCCACUCCCCGGAGACGCGCCGCAAGAAGAGCAGCUGGCGCCGGCACACCGUGGUGGUGCCCGGCGGCCUCAAGGACCUCAACUUCAACGAGUGGAAGGAGCCGCGGGGGGGUCUCGACGUCCCCCCAGGGCCAUGCCGUGACAAGGACUCGGGGCUCAGCAGCCUGGAGUCCACCAAAGCCCGGCCCGCGGCGCCCAGCCCGGCCCAGCCUGGCGGUGCCACCAAAGCACCCAGCACCAAGAGCCCCCCGGGCAGCCCAGGCCCCCCGGCUCCCAGCCCCGUGCCCCCCCUGCGCUUCCCCCAAUGUCUCUGACCUCCUGGAAGGCUCCCCCCCCACCUCCAGCUGGGGGGACAGUGUUUAAUUUAAGGACUCGCACUUGUUCUUGUAUUUAAUUGUGCUCCUGACGAGCUGCUUUUAUUUAACGGCCUCCCUCGCGCCGCCUCUCCGUGCCAGGAGGGACGUAGCCACCUUGUCACCGGGGCCCUGCAGGGUCCCGCACUGCAGCCUGGCCCCCUCCCCAUGUCCCCCCCACCCCAUCCCCUGCUCCCCAGGGCUGUGGGGUCCCUGCUCCCCCCGGCAGUGCCGGCCCUGGGGCUGCCCGGCCGCGGCGUUGCGAAGUGCGGGCGCUUCCCGGGGUGCUGCGGCUGCGGCUGCCCCCGCCGGAGCCCUCCCCUCCUGCCCCCCGACAGCCUCGGGGAGGGAACCUCGAUGCCCUUGCGCUGUCCCUGGCCUGGGCAUGGUGUGUGUGGGGCCGCAGGGUUUGGGUGACGGUGGUCUCGGGGUGCCCAUCUGGCUGUGAUGGCCCUGGCUGGGCUCCUGCAGGAGCGGGGUUCCAAGAGGGGCUUGCUCAGAGCAGCACCGUGCCGUGGGGACGGGGCUCUCCGUGUGUCCCAGCCGCCCCCAAAGCCCUUGCUCGCUUUUAUGACCCCCCCUCGCCACCCACCCCACCUCCCCAGGCUUGCCCUCCCGGCCAGAAGCACUUUAGGAAGGGGGUGAUGUGCUGCCACCUUGGGGGGGCACGGCUCGGCUGGGGACGUGGGGACGUGGGGAGCACAGACACGAGUGUGCCAGGGCCUGGGGGGGGCAUCAAGUCAAGUCACUGUCACUGUUACACGUCGUUCUCAUACGUUAUGCAAAUAUUUGCUGUAAAUUUCCCCCCCCUCCCUUUUUUUUUUUUUUUUUUUGUAAAUAUUGUCUCUAAAUGUGUAACAUAUUACAAAAGAUUUAUAAGGAUUUUGUAAGAAGUUUUGCUCAGCUGAAAGGCCAGCCCCGACCACACAAAGCGCUGGACCAGUGUUGACUUUUUAAACCCUUCUGCAUGUGUCCCCCUGGCGUGUUGUACGAGUCGGUAGAUGCCAAACUGCAAAAAAAAAAAAAAACAACCAGCCCCAACAAAAAAAAAACCCUGCUUUGGAAACUGUCCUCCUCCGAGUCCCGGUCUAUAUAGCGGAAAUAAACUGGUUAUUCGAGGGGA